UGAAUCUGCCAGCCAGUUAAAACACUUUACCCCGGAUUAAUCGAUGAAGCAUGGAUAUUAACCUGGAGAAAGCGGUAGCAUUUACAUGGUCUCGAACCCUGUACCCCAGGUCUUUUCCGAUUGUCCGGGGCUAGAUCUGCUGGUUAGCUGUGGAGUAGUAGGUGGGUCGUAGAGAAACAAGUUUCGAUUUUCUACAUCAGGUUUAAGGGGGGAAAUUCCCAAUUGGUCCUGGUAAUGAAUUGCGGCAUGUUCAAUAUAGUUGAACAGUCUUACCCGACACUAACCCCAGAAGUCCACGAGGCUUUCAGGCUAAACAUUAUCCCCUGUACGGAGAAGUAUAUAAGGAGUAGGCCACUAUUCUAUGAGGUAGGAAAGGUAAGAUAUUCAACCAUACUUAGGUACCGAGCUUAUCGCCAUGUUGCCAUCAUUUAUUCUUACCGCAGCCGCCUUAAUCCCAGGGGUCUUCACAGCACCCUCAGGCUUCCUCCCUCAGAUUGGAGACCUGUUCCAUGGAAGCAACAGCAACUCUAUCCAGACUCGACAAGGUGGCUACUUCUGGUCUUCUUGGUCAGAGGGUGGUGGUUCUUUUAGAUGCAAUAACGGCGGCGGCGGCUCGUAUAGCGUAACUUGGCAAAGCAGUGGCGGCUCAAGCGGCUUUGUCUGCGGGAAGGGAUGGAGUCCGGGCGGUAAUAGAGCCGUCAAAUACUCCGGUACAUACACGCCCAAGGGACCUAGCUACCUGGCCGUAUAUGGCUGGACGCGCAACCCCCUAAUCGAGUACUACAUCAUGGAUGCCCAUGGAGAUCUCCUCCCAAACGAACCUUGGACCUCCAAGGGUAACUUUACCAUCGACGAGGGUACAUACGAAGUUUUCACCAGCACCCGUGUAAACAAGCCAUCCAUUAUUGGGACAGCGACCUUUCAGCAGUACUGGUCUGUCCGCACCGAACAAAGAGUUGGUGGAACCAUUACGACCGGAAAGCACUUCGACCAAUGGUCUAAGCUAGGUCUUAGACUAGGAGGCCAUGACUACAUGAUUGUCGCUACUGAAGGAUACACUAGCGGAUCGACUACAAGCAAUGGAACCUCCUCAAUCACGCUAGGUUAGGUGAUGGAAGUAUAAAAGAAUUUAAACCCAAUUUGAUAUCAAGUUUGGAGAUGAAUAUCGAUUGCUCAUAUCAGGCCUUGGAAGUAAUUGCUACUAGGGUAAUUAGACAGAAACCUCAUUUGACUCGUACAAUUUUCUAUCUUACAUGCUUCACACCGAAGGGACUUGUUACAUUACAACUAAUACCCCGCCUUAUUUAUCUUGGCUACCUGACGUAGAAUAUGCGCAACCUACUUGGCUGUUAUACAUGGUGAGCCUGAUACAUGCGUGCCUGCAACAUAAGGUAAAUAGGGCGCGGGGGAUAAUGUAGGGGUUCCCACUGAGAGGCG